UGUGUCAGACUAUUAAUUGGACAUCUUUGUUAGUGAUAGUAUAUUUUUUCAACUUUCAAUUACUUAGUAAGCAUAUUCUACAUAGUUCUACUACUUGGUUAGAUAAUUUUUACUCAAACUGUUAUCAUAUAAUUUGUAGUCAAAUAUUGAAUAAAACAAAUAUUAUAUUGGUCCACAAUACAUACAAUAUACACAAUUACCAAAAUUUCCCGACCAAUGGGCCGGGUCCAGUGCUAGUGUUAGAGUGGCAAAUAUAUUGAAUUCAUAGAUUAGUUGAUUGGAUUGGCAGAUUCACGGAUUAAAUUGAUUGGAUGAUAUGAAUUCCUAGAUUGAUACAUAUAUCCAAAAUGAUAUCCAAGCCUUGGACCAAUACGUAAAUUUUGAAAAUUUUAGGUACUAAAAUGUCAUAAUAAUCGAAACGUAAUUUUUCAAUGACAUUUCUCGAAUAAAAAAAAUAAAGUUUAGAGACCAAAUUGUGAAGAAUAAAAAGUAUAGGUACUAACUAUAAUUUACUUGUCUUUGAUCGACACGUAAACCUCUGUGACUGUGAUUUCUCCCUCCCUUUUUCUCAUAUGGCUGCUACAAUCCUCUAUGGUCCUUGGAAAAGUAGCACGUUAGAAACGUAGGCCAGUUUUGGACUUGACAGUUCAUUCAUCCCCCAACCAUCUAUAUAUUUUCCGAUAAAAUUAAACAAGAAGAAGAAGAACCUCUAACAAAGCUGCAAUGGCGCCCCUCAUCCUCAUCAUCCUCUCCCUUAUUCCCCUUCUGGCCUUGUUCAUCAGGAACUACUUACUAUCUUGUAAAAAAACCAAUCUACCACCAACUCCUCCUAAGCUUCCGAUUCUGGGCAACUUGCAUCAGCUCGGCGCUCUGCCCCAUCAGUCACUCUGGCGGCUCUCCAAGAAAUACGGUCCCGUGAUGCAAUUCCACUUGGGCCGCGUACCGGCUGUGGUAAUCUCCUCCCCUGAAGCCGCCAGAGAAGUGAUGAAACUCCACGACCUCGCCACCUGCAGCCGCCCCUCCAUGGCAGGGACGCGGCGCCUCACCUACGACUACCUCGACGUCGCCUUCUCCCCCUACGGCGACAACUGGCGCUUCAUGAGGAAGAUCAUCAUCCUCGAGCUCUUCAGCCUUAAGAGGGUCAGGUCGUUUCGGUUCGUCCGGGAACAGGAAGUCGGGUUGCUGAUCGACUCCAUCGUCACCUCCGGAGCUGAUCAAAUCAACCUCACCGAAAAACUCUACUCUCUCACGGCGAACGUGACAUUCAGGAUGUCGUUCGGGUUCGACUACCACGGGACCGAGUUCGACAAGAACAAGUUUCACGAGGUGAUUCACGAGGCAGAGGUCGUCGCCGGAAGCAUGUCGGCGGAGGAGUGCUUCCCGCGAGGAUUGGGUUGGAUUGUCGACAGGUGGACUGGUCAUCAGGCGAGGAUUGACAAGGUUUUUAGUGAGCUCGACGGUUUCUUCCAGCAUGUCAUCGAUGAACAUGUUAAGCAGGGAAGGGAAGGAGGGGAUGGUGAGGAAGAUAUGAUCGACGUGCUGCUCCGAAUUUACAGGGAGCAAUCUCGACAACAGCUCGGUGGCGGUGGCAAGUCUCUGUUCGGGAUAGAAAAUAUUAAGGCUGUUCUCCUGAACUUUUUCUUGGGAGGAAUUGACACGGCUGCACUGACCGUGAACUGGGCCAUGGCCGAGCUUCUAGCCAACCCCAGGCUAAUGAAGAAAGCACAGGCACAAGUCAGAAGCGUUGCCGGCCACAAAAACAGAGUCACCGAAGACGACGUCGACAAACUCGAAUACCUCAAAAUGGUCAUCAAAGAAACUCUCAGGCUCCACCCACCGGCGCCUCUGCUGCUCCCCAGAGAAUCCAUCUCCCCGGUGAAAAUCAACGGAUACGAUGUUCCCCCAAAGACGAUGAUCUACGUCAACGCUUGGGGGAUCGGGCGAGAUCCGAAUCACUGGCCGGAACCUGACAAGUUCUUGCCGGAGAGAUUCGAGGACAGCUCGUUGGAGUUCAAAGGGCAGAGCUUCGAGUACCUGCCCUUUGGAUCCGGCCGCAGAGUCUGUCCUGGAAUACACAUGGGAACGAUUACAGUGGAAAUUGCGCUGGCGAAUCUGUUGUGUUGCUUCGAUUGGAAAUUGCCCGAUGGGAUGACGGCGGAGGAUGUGACCAUGGAAGAACAGAGUGGCGUCAGCUUGACUGUGUCCAAGAAAGAACCGCUCAUCCUCAUCCCAGUCAAUCGGAUGAAGUGAUGAAUCCCACACUGCAGCAUCGAGUUUGUAGUUAUCUUUUUCUCCAUUAGUAAGUCUAGCUAGCUAGGUGUAGUUUGAAUAAGUUGGGGACUAUAAGAGCUCCCUUGCACCAAGACAAACUAAUGAAACAAGGGAGUAUCUGUUUCGACAAUCCGGUUGGUAAUGAUAAUUAGGGGUUCUUAUUCAGGCUUUCUUGUCCGAUCUGUUUGGGAGUGAAAGAAUCUGUGGAGAGGAGUGGUGGUCCACGUUUUCUGACCUCCAAAUUAGUACAGUAAAAGAAUAGUGGUACGUGAAAUAGAGAGACGGAAUUUAAAGAAACUAGAAUCAAUACCCACGGAACUAAAUUUGUAUCAUCAUAUUGUUUUAGUGGCUAGUUCAAUUGAUGUCAAAUUGAGGUCGCGUUCUUUCCAGUGGUCCGGAUUUCAAAGUAAUGGAAGUAUGGUUGGCAAACCUUUGUAUCUUGAGUUUCAUAGUGCUUUGAUUAGUCAAUCUCAUAGUUAAUUGUUACCGUAAUAGCUAAAUAAGGGCAGAGAAGGGGG